AUGGGCAAUACGACAUGGAGAAUACUAAAAGGAGUCGUUGCGCGUACUUUAUAUGCUGGACAUGCUGCGCUAGCGAUCUAUCGGGUUUUUCGCGAGACAGGAAAUGCUUAUUAUUUUGCUCUCACUACUUCAAUUGCAUUAUUGCUCGUUGAAGGUGUUAUAACACUGUACUUUCGAGAUGGUCGAGAUCUUGGAUGGUUUUCUCCCAGUGUUUUCAUCUACUUGUGUGGACUUGUUCCUUCUGUCUGGAUAUUGGAACUUUCUGCUGCAGAUAGUGCUCAAAAUUUAACGUUACAAUGUCUCGCUGCUCAACAGUCGGCUCAAUCACAACCACAAUCGUCUGGAUUCCAACAGUUGUAUAGCGCACUACAACAGAAGGAAAAUUGGUUGCUGGCCGUUGAACAAGGAACUCUUUUCAUCCUUAUUAUCGGAAGAUGGCUCGCUCCACUUGGCAAGUUGUCUCGCAAUCAGCGAUCGCAGUUACUUUUAAUCUAUAUUGGUACUGCUGCGGAUAUUAUCGAGUUAUUUGAGACAUUUAAAGAACCCAUUGUCAGAUCCAAUCGGUUAUUGGUUAUGGUUAUCAUGGCGGCUUGGAGUUGGAGCCUGCUGCAGUAUACGGUGGUCUAUGUAUCUUUUAAAUCAAAUACCAAAGGCAGUCGUGUUCAUGUAAGACCUGACGAAAUGGGUAGUAAUAACUCUGUCAGACGAACGCGAUCGGAAGAUGCUAGUGCUAUAGGAUGUUGCCAUCCUGAAAUUGUAACUCCAUUGACCGCUCUUAUCAUGCAAGACUGUCCUUUCUUAGCACUUCGAUUCUAUUUGCUUUAUCUCGGAGUGAUGAGCCCAAUGCUUCUCUUUUUCACCGCUAAAAAUAUUUUAAUUCUGCUGCUGCAAAUGUAUCGAUUGAUUAUAGUUUGCAAUGAUUCGGAAGAAGUUAGAGCAAGCACCUGGGCAAAUGAUGGUAAACGAGAAGAGAUUAGUUUGGAAAUUGUUGACUAA